ACAGCUGUCUAUUGUUUAUGUUUUGGAGUGAAAAGUUGGCAAUACUAACAACGUUAACUGAACUUAAAUCCAUAACUGAAGAACACAAUCAUAGGUUAAUGGCUUCUAAGUUUAAUCUAACAGCAAAUUAAGUCUAGUUUAAAUGAAUAGUAGUAAAAUCUCCCAAGAGUCCUAAUAAAAAUCCUUCAGCAAAACUUUAAUAUUUUAUUAUAAACGACAAAUUCAAUACGAAUUAUAUAUUUUCACUUUGUUACAUUAACCCCCAGUCAAAUAUUUUGUUCCGAAAUCCAAAACGACAACCAUAGCAACAAAAUAUUAUUAUGUUUAUUUUCUUAAAUAUUUUUGCUAUUGUUUUCGUAGUAUAACAAGUUUAAAGAAAAUUUAACAAAGUUUAAAAAAAGAGAUUUGGCAUUAGAUAAACAAAAAUAAAAUGUUUAACAAAAAAAUUAAGCCACAAAAAAUGCAAAAGUUAAAACAAAUUAAUAGCUCACAAGAAAAUGAAGAAAUCUCCCUAGAAAGGCAAACACAAAUAAAUAGUAUUAUUAGAAUAAUGAGAGAAUCACUGGAUAAAUUGCGUAUUUCGCUAAUAUUACCGCAGAUUUUUGAAAAUUUUCUAACAGUACAACAACGUUUAAGGGGCUCGCAAUAUGAAAUGUGUAUAGAAUGGAUAAAGAAAUAUAUACAGGAAAAGAAUAUGGUUGCAGCGAACAACUCUCCACCUCAUCUUAAUUAUCAUUUAAUUAAAAUUAUAGAUUUCUUUCAUGAAAAUUUACAGUUAUUUGAAUAUUUUCACGAUUUUUUUAAUGAUUUAACAACAGCUGAUAAAUCUCUAAUAGACACAUUUCAACUGCUGCUUAAAAUAACCGAAGAUCGUUUAAAGAAAUCUGCCAUAUCGGAAUUAAAUAAAGAGAAACGAAUACACGAAGUCUAUCAUGAAAAUCAAAGUAUACAAAAGAAUAUUAAAGUUUUCCAGAAUCUUUUGAAAAGUCAGCGUCUUAAUUUGAAAUGGAAAAUGGCGGCCAAGGAUGGUAUUAUACAGAAAUAUGAAAAAGAUUUGGCCACUUGCAAAUAUGAAAAUAAUAUAAAGAUUAAACAAGAAAUAGUACGCUCUAGUCGCCUUAUCGGACAAAUCCAUGCCUCCAGUGUGCUUAAACAAAAAGAGCUAGAGGAAGAACUUGAGCGUAUCAAAAUAAGUUAUGAACAGUUAUUAAAAGAAAAUUUAAAACAAGAAAAAACUGCUAGAGACGAAAAAAAUAAAUUACUACUUCAAUUGCAAGCGUUAAUAAAAAAGUUCGACCAAACUAUGGGCGAUAAAAUCAAAGAGAACAUGUUUCUGCAAGAAGAAUACGAACGCCAAAAGAAAUCAUUUGAGGAAUUUUUAAUUGAAUACAAUAGAGAAGAGCUGGAAUAUGAACAGAUAGUACGAGCCAAAGAAGAGGAGGAAAAACGACAACAUGAACAAAAAAUUCUACUCUUUAUGAUGAAUCGUUCGGCGCGUGUUAUACAAAAGCAUUGGCGUAAGUUUAGGCGCGCUCAGAAAAAGGCCGCCAAAAGGGGAAAAAGUCGUGGAAAGUCUAAAAAGAAAUAAAAUAUACUGACUUUAUAAAUUAACUAAAUAAAACCGAUUAUGCUUUGAUAAAAACAUCAGUUUUUUAUUAAAAUUAUUUAGAUUUUGUUGUGAAAAAGUCGUAGUUUUUCUUUUGUAAAAAAACAAAUAAAAUAUUCUUGCCAACAAACCCAAAAAAAGUUAAAAUAUUUUUUUUGUUCACCUUUUGAUACAAACUCAAAAAUGUUCGUUAUUUUAUAUCCCGGUUUGAUUUGAAUUUGUGCAAAAAUAACCAAUUGUUUAAAUAUUCACUAAAACGCAAAUAGACUUGAAAGUUUCUAUUAAAUUUUAAAACUCUGGAAGGGAUCGAUUUCAAUAAGCCAUUUUUGUGUAUAGUGCGAUUUGUGUGUCUGCAAACAUCAGAUUUUGAGAAUUAUUAUAAAACCAAAACAACACUUUUAUUAAAGACGUUUUUAUUUAGUUUCUUUUGAGUUUUUCCUUUGUGUAGAUUUUUUUAUACUUCAUCGGACGAGUCUUGGUUAGAUUUCCCUUUCCUUUUGUUUUGUUGAUAAAAAACAAG